AUGGCGAGCAAUGCGCAGGCGGAGCAGGUGGAGCAGGCUUUUCACGAGGCUGAGAGAGAGCAGAAGCCGGACUCCUUGGAGGGCGAGCCGAGUGAGCCGAUCACCAGUCAGGACGCGGUGAUCCUGGCCCUGCAGGAGACGCCAGAGACGAAGAACAUCCUCGAUGUGAUGGGCGCAGUCCUGUACCAACCCGCUUCAUCCCAGGAUCCCUCAAAUCCAGGCCAGAGCGCGGGUGUGCCGACCACCUUCAAAGUCCCGAAGGGUUCUGAUUUCUACAUCACCCUCCUGACCACCAUUGGAGCCGGGCUCUUCUUUGCCUACAUCAUCAGCACGGGUAUCGCUUUUGUAUGGGCUCUCAUAAACAUGAUGAUGAAACAGUGCGGCCAGGAGCACUGGAAGACGGACGGGGACACUGCUUGCAACGCGAAACUGAUCAACGCUUUGGUGCUGUCCAUUGAGUUGCGGUGCUUUGAGAGCAAGCCUGCUGCUAUGCCCCAAGAAGACUUCGAUGAGGUUUGCUCAGGCUACUGGAUGGAAUGCGCAGGGACGGGACUUUUCUUCUUGGUCGCAAUUGUAAGCAUCUUGUACACCGAGCUUGGAAAGGUGGCUUACAAGGUAACCUUCCACGAGAGCCUCUUCGUGGUCGAGUCCUGGCAUGGCAAGCUCCUCGAAUGCAGCUUCUUUGCCGAUGUCGUUGCUGCUAAGACCUCGAGCUUCGGCCUCGAGGUCACCACCAAGGCCAGGGUUCGCACCGGCAAGGGCGGGUGCGACCCUGAUGGCUCGCACUUUUGGGAAAGCCUUGGCCUCGAAAGACUCUUCGGGUCCGGCAAGAAGGAGAAGACCCUGCGCAUCCACGGCGAUGCCGCGAUCUCCGUGCUUGCAGGCGAUGGGCCCCCCAGGCGUGCCUUCCUCCAGGAGUUCGCGAAGCGCCUGCCCGUGAGCAUCCAGGGCUUCGACGGCGUGGCUGUGGUCGCUGGCGAGCCCGAGGCCGCGGUUCUGGCCACAAGCUUAUUGGACGGACGACUGGGAAACAUCCUGAAAGCAAGGCGAGGUGAGGGUGAGCCGGAGAGGGUUCGCAAGCCCAUUUCGUGUGACCUCUACACGGAGGUCCUCUUCAUUGUGCUGAUGGUGGCUAUCGGUUGCUAUUGCCUUGCGGUCCUCAUGAAUAUCUUUGGGUGGGCAAUGGCCACUGGGAGGGGCAAGUGCACACAUGAUAUGAAGCCUGGCGUGGACUUGUGUGACUUUGUCCGUGUCUUCUCUCCGAUUGAGCUUCCCCUUGUUACCGUGCAGGAGUACAUCAAUGUGGGAAUUUUCGUUGCCUCUUGCGCUGUCUAUCCGCUUUGGACCUUCAUGAACAUGCCCUUCGAGUACAGGUUCCACCAGAAAGAUGUGGUCGAGGAAGUCCUUUUCGCUGGGUGGCAGUCCCAGGCGAGCACCAUGGUCGUCCAAGGAGACAUAGAGGCGAUGGAGAUGGUUUGGGGGACGAUGGAGAAGUACAUCAGGGCAACGGUCAGAGCGAUCUACAUCGUUAAGCAAGGGAUCGCCAAGCCCUUCGAAGUUACGGCCAGGUUCGCGCAGACGGACAUGAAGAUUGGGCUGGUUGACAAUGACUGCGCCUCUUGCAGUGGUCAUAGAGCGAAGGCUCUAAGCUACAAGGAAUCGAUCGUGCGUGCCCUCAACGAGACGAAGCCUGGCCACUUGCCAUUGCCUGAAGCUGAGGCUGAGGCAUGA